AUGUUUCAAAGUGGGAAGACAACAUUCUCAAAGACAUCAAAAGUUUCACCUGUCCUUGUACCAACUGGACCACCAAUGAACAAGAGACAGCAAGAGCUUCAAAAGCAGGUAAGUACAGUAUAAUAAUAACGAUAACAAUAACAAUAACAAUAAAGAGACCUUCUUGAAUUUCAAAAGCAGUCAUUUUACUUUUGUAUUUGUGGUUUCCUCGUCGCUGUCGCAGAUAAUCAACCCAUCUUCAUGUUGUUUGUUGUCAUUUUGUCUGUCUUAUGUUGCCGCUUCAAGGCCAUACAUGUCGCUUGUGAGCAUUGUACCCUAACAGGGCCACAAUAAUUUAAUGUCAAUAGUAAUAUUUCUGCAGGACCUGGUAUCUAUCGACAAUGUUGCUAUGGCAGCAGCUAAGUAGUUUAACCCUGUAAGUCUCAAGAGUGACCAACAUCAAUUCUCUCCUAACAAUAUUGAUACAUAAUCAAGAGAAACAGUAAUGAGAACCAAUAAAAUGAUCACCACAGGGAAAAUGCUUUGAUCUUUUAUCAAAUUCUCUCCACUAGUCUCGAAGGAAAUGUAUGAAGAUCAGUCUGGAGAGUUUGUUUCUGGAUAGUGGAGCUUAAAGGGUUACAAUCCUCAGGUCAGAGGGAGAAACAAUGAAUCAUCACCAGGGAUAAGUUCCACAUGGAUGAAAGUGUUUAUCAACCUUUUUUGUAUCAUUUGUCUUAUUUUUUUACAGGAGGCGAUAAAAAAGAAACUGGAAAUUCAGACACAGAAACAAGAACUACUCAAUAAACAGAUCAAAGAACAGAAGGUAAAAAUUAUGAAUUUUAUUGCAGCCGUCUGUCUCACCACUUAUCCCCCUUCACGUUUGCUGGGUAUUUCUGAGACUGCUUGCAGCCCACCUUGUCUCUCUUAGAACUGUCAAGUUCGUAGGGAGAAGAAACAAAAGACUUUUAACCGAAAAGGGAAUAAGGCAAGACAAAAAAAGACAGAUUGCUGACUCUUUUGGAGUAAACAAGCUCUCCAUCAGCCCAGUGUGGGAUUUUUUAAAAUCCUAUUACCUGACUUUACUUAAAUUGAGGUCACCUAGACAAAAUUGACCAGUCGCAUUGAAAGUGAAAACAUUUUAUGUUGGAAAAUUCAUUUUUACUGUAUGCUUAAUACUUUGUUUCUGGUUUUCUUUGCCAGCUUUUAAUCUCCAAACUUGAAAAGAAGAAUCUUAGUGCUGCAGAGAAAGAUAUGAUAGUGAAGGUAAAAUAUAAAUUACCCUCUUACUAAACAGGGUUCAUACAGGUCAUGGAAGACCUGGAAAGUCUUGGAAUUUAAAUAAUAUUGUUGGUUCUGGAAAGUGAUGGGAAGCUAAAGUUAAUCUUGUUAGAUUAGUUACUGCAGAAUGUCAAAAGCAGGAGAAUGUAAGACUUCUGCCAGAGUUAAGAUCAAUAAUUUAAGCUAUGCCCAUUUUAAGAGACUUCUUAGGGAUUAUUAUACCGCCGCCCUAUGGACUUGCUAUAAUGUAGAGGACCCCAGAACACGGAAAACAAUUUGCCUAAAAUGUAGCUACGCUUACACUCUAACUAGCCGUGUCACCUGCUGCUUUUAGCCUUUUCCAUCUAGCCUUUCUUUUUCCAAUCCUAAUGUUGCUUUUAUUUUUUUUUUAUGUAUAAUUAUGUAUGUUAUUUUUUUAUUAUAAUUGUUUUUCUUGGUGAACCUCAAUAAAUAAAUAAAUAAAUAAAUGAAACGAGUUGCUGAACUGAGUAAGGUCAAAAAUAUAUUCCUAAAACAAGGGAAAUCUUAAAAAAUAUGUAAAGCGAAAGCUAAGCCUAAGGUCAUGGAAAUCUUGAAAAAGUCAUGGAAAAAGUCCUGGAAAGUUGUGGAAUUUGAAGAGCUUAAAAGAGUACGUACCGUGUAAUAAAGCAUUUUGUAUUUAUUGCAAAGUCAGAGUAUGGUGGUAUAUUUAUGUUUCAAUGUUUUUGCUUUUUAUUCCAGACAGUAAAAUCUCUAAGUUCAAACAUUGAAGCACUGAAGAAGGAAGUUGAGUUAGCAGCUAUGGCAGCAAAAUCCAAAGAAAGUCCCUCACAGGCCAGACAGAUUGUAAGUGCAAACUGUGUAAUGAUAAAUGAAUUAUAAUUAGUUGUGAAGUCAACAUAAUGACCUCUGCUUGCUGAAGCUGACCAUUUGUUUGUGUGGAUAAAUAGAUAAACCUUGUGCACACCUACAGAAUGGAGCAUCAAAUGCCCAUCCCCCUAAAUCAAGGAUGAAGCCAGGCAAGAUACAAAACACGUCAUUCUUGAUUUUUGGGUAGGGGGGGUAUAAAUUUCCCAUCUAUUUUGUCCAAGAUUGACAGGUACUAUACCUUAAAUUGAUUGGCUUUGAAUCGGCUGAAAAGUAAACUUUGUCACCUGAAUAAGCAUACAAUAUGCAAUUUUUGCAGAAGGAAAGCCUGCAAAAUAUUGAGGCUUUGUGAAUGGGACUCAAACCCAUGACCUCUGUGACACCGGUGCAGUGCUCUAACGAAGUAAGCUAAUUUGUGGACUGAGAGCUGGUCAUAAAAUCAUAUACCAGUAUUAGAACUAACUGUUGUUAUUUGACCUUGGUUUUUUUAGGCCCAGAAAGCAAUUCUUGACCAGGAGCUUGACCUGAUAACACAUCAGAAUACUGGGGAAGACACGACAGAACUGAAGAAAAAAGUUGAAGAACUAAAGCAAGAGGUAGUUACUUGAGAUACAUUCAAUCUGUUUAGUGCAUCAUUUCUAGUAUUUUGAUAGAUGUGAAAUAUUAUGUGCAAAUUCUUUAUUGUAACAUUUCUCACAUCUGUAUUAAAUGAAAUGAUGAAUAUAUGAUUGAAUUUCACAGCAUUGGUUCAAAUUGGUUCAAUGUUAAUUUUGUUGAUCAGCAAUGUUGCAGCUUUUGUUCAUCAACUUUUAAACAAUGUGUCAUAUAUGGUACAUGGUACAUGUACGUUCAAAUGGGCCAUUAAACAUGUUGAAUGCUGAUGAAUGAGAAUAGGAAAUAAAGAUGGACUUUGUUACAAUGUUACAAUGCUUGUAGUUGUUAAUCAAAGAAUGUUUUAAUUUGUUAAACCCAGUGUCUUCGGCUUUUAGUAGUUCACAGCAGGAAAAUAUCUACAAUACUUGUCAAAAAUCGUGAAACACAUUGUGCGUUUCGCCUUCUCCAAUUCUGAUUUGGGUAUUACAGUCGUCUCAGUGACCCAAAAUAUGCGUGGCUCAACAUUGGGGAAGGGGAGGGUCACAUUUGGGUGAGAACAAAAGUGUGAAGAGUGAAUAAGAAAUUUUAGAGAAAAUUCAAGAGAAGCGGUGUCUGUUUCAUUGAUUUGUGAGGAGUAAUGUAAUUACUGACCAUACACUGUUUUUAGGCAAAAUCUCUUGGCUUACUGGAUCCACCCACAAAGGGACGAGGGAGAGGAGUUGUAAGAGGACGUGGCAGAGGAACACCAGUGAGAAGCAGACCACUUCCAAGAACAACACGGGUGUGGACAAGAGACAGUGCUUCAUUAGACCAUCGACCAAGGCGGAUCAGUGUUGGAGAAAUAACAACUGAACAGAGGGAAGAUAUUACAGAGCACUUUAAAGUAAGUGCUAUGACGUUUUCUUUUUGCUACUUUUCAAAGCUGAAAUGAAUCUAUGUUGCUCAGGAGUAUAACCAAUUGUCAAUGGUGAAAGAACGGCACAUCUCACUUUCCAAUAGAUGGCCUUUAAUUUACAUUCAGGACUUAAUCCCUCAAGGUUGCUGACUAUACAAGUAAUAAUGUCAAAAAUGAAACACAGGUUUCAUCCAAUGCCAUCUCAACAAAAAUAUCAAUAUCAAACACAAGAUAGAGUGUUUCAUGUUAUAUUCUGACACCUAGAAGUGGUUUGAAAAAAAAGUGCAGCCAAGUUUUGCAAGACCCACUUUGAGGAUUCUGGAUAUUGGAUGAAACACUGAGUGGAAUUUAAUACAAAGAAUGUAUAGCUUCUCUCACAAACAAGAAGUUUUGAAGAAAUUCAAUGCUUAUAGUUCACGAAAUUAUAUAGGAGUUGCCUCUGAUAUCCAAACCACUGUCAAAGUAGUGAUUUCCUUGGUUUGUUAUCGUGGAUUACUCUUUGAGAAUCGAACUCAUCUGUGGCCUUUGAUUUACAUUUGAAUUUGUUAGAUUUGAUGGCUUCUUGUCCUAAUUCCUGUAUGUAUUGAGACUGAGAAUUCAUAAAGCUGCAGCCAAUGAAAGUUUGAUUUAUUAGAGUAAGGAAAAAUACACAGGAAAAAAUAACCGAUUCCCAUUUUUGGAUAUUUUAGGGUAUUUAAAGAAUACCCAUAAAAAUCCCAAAUUUGGCAAAGUGAGACAAGUCCAGACCAUAGACUUCCCAACCAAGUUCCCUGAUUGGGACUUGUCUCACUCUUCCAAAUUUGGGAUUUUUGUGGGUAUUCUUUAAAUACCCUAAAAUAUCCAAAAAUGUGAAUCUGUUAUUUUUUCCUGUGAUAGGGAAUUUACACGAAGCUAAAUGUAAUUUAGGCUAAGUUAAACACGGAACCAUGGUGGCCAGCAGUUUUUCCCGAGAGUUGGAUGCAGGGUGACCAGGUUUAAUGUUGUGAUGCAGUUCAAGGGGCCAAGAAGAAUGUUACAAUGGAGCUUUUGGAGUCACUAAAAAGUUAUGUUUGUACAUUUGUUUUCUUCCUGUAGGAAUUCGGUAUUGUUGACAAUGAAGAAUAUAUUGAUGAUAAGGAAACUCUCAACUUGACUUUUAGGACAAGAAAAGAAGCCGAAAUUGUAAGAAUAAUGGACAUUCUCCGUUUGCUCAAUGUGUAUUUCUAAUAUCUAUUUGUCUUAUUUCCCACCCAAUUCUUCCCUCCCUUCUUUGUAUGGGUUUGCUUUUGAUUUCUGGCUGAUAGCAGUGCAGUGGGGUACAUUGCAUUGAGAAAUGCAUGUUUUUAUUGUUUUUGUUGUUGAAUUGUAGACUGUGAAUAGUGUCCAUUUUUCUCCAAACUCAGGGCUGUGCUGUAGCUAACCCUGGUGACCCCUGGUAUCUAACUUUUGCACCUGGGCCACUAGAAAAUCUUUAGUUUUUUCAUACAAAUCAUAUGCUGGCACCCCGGAGUUUACAGGUUUAGAGCACUGGGCUCCCUUCAAUUUUCCUUAGAGCACUGCCUUGAAACUUAGUUGAGUGAUAACGUGUGAGUGCAGGUGUGCAGCUACUCCCCUGUCUUAGCAUUGAAUCACACACAAGGCCAUUUUUUAUCUCCCCUAUUUACUGGACAGAUUAAGAAGACAAUGAUUUCUUGUGGUCUUGUUGAAUUGGGAAAUCCAUGAAACGAUUUGAAAGCGGGCCUUUUGCUAUUGACUAUACCCUACGAUAUAAAAUUUAGUUUUGAAGAUUUGCAGUUAUUAAUCGAUAUCGUUUUACACUGUCACUGGCUUUUCAAUCAGAGCUUCAUACAUGAAUUGUAUCAUUUUUAGGCCUUCAAUAAAGGCAAGACAUUCAAAGGCAGAGCCUUGAAGGUGUCUUGGUAUCGACCUCCAUUGACGCCUACAUCACCUGCAACAGCAGUACCAACGACACCUACAACUCCUACAGUACUCAAAAAAGUAGAGGAAGAGUUAGGACUGGAUAUUGAUGCUGAACUGGUGAGAACUCUAUGAAAUAUAAACGUUUUGUGUAUGUGUUGUGGUGUCCUAAACAGAGCUCUAAAGUGAUAACGUUAUAAAAAUUAAAAUUUGAAAUUAUUGGAUUUGUCAGGAUAGCCUGAAAGAACAACAUCUAAGAGGCCUACUUGCCAAAAACUAACAUUGUGGGGCAAAUUGUCUCUGAGAUAUUAGCACAGUUAUGUUCUGAUGACUCCAUGCAAAUCCUUCUAAAUUUGACUUGGGUCAUAACGUUAUGACCCGAGUCAAAUUUAUCUAUUUGUAAAUCCCAUAUCAGUGCGCAUGUCCAUUGACUAUCCCAUCUUUUAGUAAUAUGAAAUAGAGAGUAAGGCUUUCUUGUGUGGGAGCCUUUCAGAACUCUUUUGCUUUGCUUUUAGACAACGGUCAGUUAUUUCGGAACAAUUCAUUGUCUUUUUUUUUUAAGGGAAAACAUGAAUUUGAUGCGGAUGCAGACGAAGCUUUGCUUCUUGGAGAAGAUUUUGAUGAAGAGGAUGAAGAAGAAGAUGAACGAUCGUGGAAAAGAUAG